CUUGAAGACAGAGAAAAAGGUCUGAAUCAGUGUCAAUGCUGCUAAACUGCUUAGGUACUUAAAGCUCAAAAAUGAAGAUUCCAGUCACCACCCUGCUGCUGAUUAUGAUGGCCUUUCACGAAUCUAGUAGUGGAAUACCCAUUAAGAAGCGUAAUUGUGAUGAAAUUUGCCCAGAGAACUUUGUUGAUUUUCUGGGUCAUUGUUAUCAAUAUUUCGGAAAGGAGACAACUUGGAGUGAAGCAGAGGAAAACUGCAAACACUAUGAAGGCCAUCUUGCCUCAGUUCCCAGUGCUGAAGUCAACAAUUUUAUCAUUUCGCUAAUUAAAAAGAGCAAUGGCAACACAUUAGCAGCAACAUGGCUCGGAGGAUAUAACACAGUCAAGGAUGGUACCUUUAUGUGGACAGAUGGAUCAAAAUUUGGCUUCCAGCAUUGGAAUGAAAAUCAACCUGACAAUUAUGGAGGAUAUGAGCACUGUGUUCACAUCAUUGGUGGCAGUAAGGAGCCCAUCUAUUAA